CUCAGCAACAGCAGCUUCUCAAGCCUCGCCAGAAGUGGAAGAACCAGCGUCCAUCGACAGCGUGGGGAGCAAAUAAGCAGUAAGAGGCGCUCCACUCGAAGAGGAAGAUGGGGAAAUGGCAGAUGAGGGGAUGUGAAGACGAAGAAAUGCAUCGAGAUAUUUAUUUAUGAUACGAAAAAAAAGCUUUAUGCAUCAUCAGGAACUAUUCAAAGAACAAACGAUUCUGACUCAUAAAGAAACAUGGAUGUAUCCUCAUCCUCACUGCAGUACGGAUCAAAAAAGCGGGUUAAGAUCCACCCAGACACAGUGACAGUGAAAUAUGCUACCCACUUCCCCCAGCCUGGGGAUGAGGGCUACGAUGAUGCGCCCUCUUUCGAGGACUUUGGCGCCUUCGCUGAAGCCAACGUGGGAAAGAGACUGGUGUCAGACAGCAAAGGCGGCAGGACUUUCUUUGGCACCAUGGAGACCCAGCCUAAGCAGCCAAGUGCGCAAAGAGACAAGGGGGUUGGGGGUCAGCUGGCCAGCUUUGGUGAGGCGAAUGUCUUGGCCUCUAGGGUGACCUGGAUGGCGUUGUUUGGGGCAGCGGUGGCUCACGGAUGUGUGGCAUUGAUCACCCGUCUAGCAGCCGACCGCUCUAAAGUGCCCUCCUUGGAGCUGCUCUUCAUUCGCUCUGUGAUCCAAGUGCUGUCCAUCCUGGUGGUUCUCUACUACCGGGAAGGCCCCUUUGGCCCUAAGGGUUACCGGCUGCGGCUCUUCUUCUAUGGUGUGUGCAAUGUUAUCUCCAUCACCUGCGCCUACACCUCUUUCGCCAUAGUUCCACCAAGUAAUGGCACCAUCAUGUGGCGUGCAUCAACCACAGUUUUCAGUGCAGUUCUGGCCUUCCUGCUGCUGGAUGAGAGGCUGGGCUAUACAGACGUAGUCACCGUUGUGGGAAGCGUGUUCGGACUGUGCCUGGUGAUGGUGCCAAACAUAGCGGAUGAAGAGAAGUCAAGGUUGGGGUUUUGGAAGGAGGCGUUUGGCUACACAAUGACAGUGAUGGCUGGUUUGACGGCCGCCCUCUCCAUGAUCGUUUACAGAGCCAUCAAGGAGCGUGUCAGCAUGUGGACGGCUCUCUUUACGUUUGGCUGGACGGGCACCGUGUGGGGGGCCUCCACCAUGUUUAUCAUGCAGGAGCCCAUCAUCCCGCUGGAUGGGGAGACCUGGGGCUAUUUAAUUGGGAUCUGUAUCUGCUCCACUGUGGCGUUCCUCGGAGUCUACUAUGCUCUAAACAAGUUUCAUCCAGCCUUAGUUAGCACCGUGCAGCAUCUAGAAAUCGUGGUCGCCAUGUUCCUCCAACUUAUCGUUCUGAGGAUGAUCCCAUCUGUCUAUGAUGUCAUUGGAGGUCUGGUCAUCAUGGUCAGUGUGUUCACGCUCACAGGAGUCAAGCUGUACAGGGUGAGCAGGGCCAUCCGGCAGGAUUACCAAGAGAUCCUGGACUCUCCCAUCAAAUGAGUCCGGAUAUGUUGGUGUGCUUGUUUACAAUGUUGCUUGGUUGUGCAAUUUAAAGAAUGUCUGGAUCUUCAUCUGAGGAUUUUGUAUCGUUGUGUUGUGGGAAGAGUGCCAGUUUGUGUAACUCAUGUCUUAAUAUUUGUGUGUGAAAUAAAAGACUAAUGUAUUAUGGUGACUGUUUCUACCUGUUAGUACUGUUUUAAUGUUACAAUGUGGCAGAAUGCCUCCAAAAGAAAAACACUUCAGUUCUGUGAUUUAUUUUGCUCGAGCACAGCAGCUUUUAUCAUUUUUACUUCAAUGAGAUCUGCUGUCACACUGCCACAUUUGUCACAAUGUAUAAAUGUCAGCCCAGGCAUCAUUCGUACGGCAUUCAAGGAAUGAAAGAAUAAAAAAAUACCACCCAUGUUCCAUCAAUGCUUCAUUAGCUUUAAUCUCUUGCUUGCAGAGAAGGUGUACUUUCUUUAAAUGCCUUUAAAGACAAACAAGGAUGGGUUUAUGUGCUGCCAUAUAGGGACAAUCUUAUGCAGUAUACUGGGAUUGUAUUUGUUGAUAGUUAAAAAUACAUUUUAAGAGAGAAUCUCAUAUUUUCUUUGCUUCCCUAGUUGCAGCUUGAUACUUAA